AUGGCGACAAAAUCUGCGGAUCUCGGCUUUCCACUCUAUGUAUGCUUUUGUGCUUUCAUAGCAGCCAUUUCGGGUUUCAAUGUCGGAUGGCAUAUUGGUGUUCCCAACAUGCCUUCCAAAGUCAUUACCGAAUGUCCUGAGGGAGAGUAUACUAUCGCUGGUCUUCCUUCGUGUUUGCCUAUGAGCAGCUUUACUUGGGUAAAUCAUUAUACUAGCAUACAAGGAUUCUAUAAUGAGCGUCAACAACUAACAGCAAAAUCAACUACCUACCUUAACGUAUGGUUCACUCGUCGCCAAAACAUCAUCAUUUCUUGCGCCUUGUAUAUCGUUGGUGGUGUCCUCUCCGCCGCAUCAGCACAUGUUGUCAUGUACGCAGUUGGACGUGCUUUUGUUGGUCUUGCUUCUGGUGGAGCUGGUUCUUCUGUUGCCAUUUACAUCUCCGAAAUUUCGACCAAGCGAUGCCGUGGUGCACUUGGUAGUGUGUUUGAAUUCCUGCUCAAUAUGGGUAUUCUUUUAUCUUUUGUCGCUGGUCGAUAUAUGCAAUUUGCUCCUGUAUGGCGUCUUGGAUGGGCUAUUCCCACUGUCAUUGCUGCUAUUCAGAUGGUGAUCUUGAUCUUCCUUUGUGCUGAGUCUCCUCGACGCUUGUGCGCUGAUGGAAAGUACGACGAAGCCAAAGAGGCCUUGCAACGAUUCCGCAAGGGUGCUGAUAUUAGUGAAGAGUUCCAAGAUUUGGUCGACGCACGCCAACGUGAAAUUGAAUCGGGUGUCCGAAAGAUGACCAUGCUUGAAGUCAUUAUGUGUAAGGAUAAGCAAGUCAGCUGGAAUGCUUUCCUUGUUAUCAUGAUUCAAGCUUCCAACCAAGUCGGUGGUAUUGGACCCUUGUCAGUCUAUGCUGCCAGUUUCCUUACCACUGUGCUUGAUGGUGACAACCAGCUUGCUCAAGACAUUUCACUUGUUAAUGCCACCGGCAAGAUUGUCGCUACGUUUAUUACCAUUUUCACUCUGAACAAGGUCGGCCGUAAAGGUUACAUGUUGAUUUCUUCUUUGGGCAUGUCUAUUUUCUGUAUGUUCAUCGUCAUUGGUGCUGUCCUCGGCGAGACUCGAGAUGAUCUCGGACCUCUUGUCAUCACUGGUGCUGUUGCAUAUACCUUUGUGUAUGCUAUGGGCUGUGGUACUAUCCCAUGGAUCAUUGCUCCAGAACUUAUGCCCCUUAAGGCGCUUCCUCCUGGUUCCGCAUUGGGUGGUGCUUCCAACUGGUUCUUCAACUUCCUCAUCAACACUCUUUGGCCACAACAACAAGCAAAUCUCGGCAACUACAGCUUUAUCGUAUUUGCUGUUGUCAACUUUAUCCUCUUUGUCUUCUUCUUGAUCUUCAUGCCCGAAACAACCGGUAGAGAUCUUGAUGAAAAGAAGGCUUCCGGCGGCGACGUUGAAAACCACGAGUCGACUGGUUCGACCGAAGGCAACUCAUUCUCUGAUGAAAUGAAGCAUGAGAAGACUCACAUUGAGCAUGCCAACUAG